GCCCCUUCCAUUGCAAUGAGCACUCUGUUAACUAGUUUUCGUUCAAUACAACAAUUUAGAAUAUAGAAGACAAUGAUAUUUUUCAUCUAUUUUAGCAGUAAUAACAAUAUUAGUUUCUCUAAAUACUAUUCAGAAUGAUAUUAAAGCAACUUUGUACAAUUCUAUUUCAGAUCCUGCACUGCAUUCAAGAAAACAUGGUACAAAUGAGUUACAAUUCAACAUAUAUUCAACAAACAGUGGCCUCUCUAGUUGCUUUACCUAUCAUUUAUAUCUUUCUAUGUAUUCUGGGCCUUUUGGGGAACAUACUCUCACACUGGGUGUUUUUAAGAAAGAUUGGUAGGAAAACAUCAACACACAUCUACUUAAUAAAUCUUUUGACUGCAAAUCUGCUUGUAUGCAGUGCUAUGCCUUUUAUGAGUGUCUAUUUCAUGAAAGGAUUUAAAUGGACAUACAGUUCAGUAAAAUGCAAGGUGGUCAAUUUCUUGGGUACACUGUUUUUGCAUAUUGGCAUGUUUGUCAGUCUCACUACUUUAAGUUGGAUUGCCAUAAGCCGUUAUGCUACCCUUAUGAAAAAGGACUUUUCUCAGGAAGAGAGUGCUUCAUACUAUGAGAAAAUAUUUUAUGGGCAUAUACUAAAAAAAUUCUGCCAACCCAACUUUGCCAGAAAGCUGUGCUGUUUUAUAUGGGGGAUGGUACUGGCCGUAACAGUCCCAGUCAUUGUGUAUUACUCUGUUGUGGAGCUUUCUCAAGAAAAUGGGGAAAAGUGCUAUAGCUGGAAGACAGAAUAUGGUGCGAGCAUUUCUCAGAAUGCUAGACUUGUUGGAACUGCAUUUGUUGAUUCUUGUUUCCUAGUGGUACUGCUGUCAUAUUAUUCUUUUGUCAGCUAUCUGAGAAAAAUAAGGAAAAGCACAUCCAUUACAAAGAAAUAUUCCAUUUACUGUUCAGUAAAAAGACACCUUUUAGUGAUUCAAUUUCUACUGCUAUUUUGCUUUCUUCCAUAUAGUAUUUUUAUACCCAUUUUUUGUGCCCUAAACAAAACAAAUGAUAGCCAACAGCUGACAUACUUAGUAGAAAUAAAAAAUUUCCUUAUCUGUCUUGCUGCUGCUAGAAGUAGCACAGAUCCCAUUAUAUUUCUUCUUCUAGAUAAAACAUUUAAGAAGACCCUAUAUAAUCUCUUUAGCAAGGCCAAUUCACCACAUGAAAGCAGUUGAUCUUUGUAUCCAAUCCACCACAGAAACAGGGAAAAGAACACAUGCAAACCUCAGUGACAAAUAAGAUGAUUACUGCAGCUAAAAUAAAGUACAAAAAGUCAUUUGGCUUCUUAAAAACGUGUAUCAAAAUUGAAUUUGUAGUUGUGCUUUUUGCUACAAAAAGCUUGACCUCUGGUUUUUAUCAGAGGCAUUAGCUAAGUUUCCACUCAAAAAUGAAAUGGGUAGCUUUGAUAACUACUAAUUAAUAACUACUAAUCCUGCAUAGAAAGUGUUUAAAUAAUGAGAACCUAAAUAUAGAAGUGCCAACACAAAGUUCAUAAAAAUGAUUAUGUUUGUAACUCUUGAGAUUCAGAACAGAUAUAUUCAUAAGAAAAACCUGGUUUUUAACUCAGACUGCUUAACAAUUUAUGGCUAAAAUGUGCACAUGAUUUAGACAUAAAAGGUGAUAUCACAAGUAUGGGAAUGUGGAAAAUUUUACCUGUUAUUCAGAUCUCUGAAUAACAGAAGACUUUAUGAUAAAACAACAUAGAGAGGAGAUCAUGGGAAGUAAAAUGGAUAAUUUUGAUUACAUUAAAUAAAAAAGGUUUUGCACAAACAAAACAAUGUAGGCAAAAUUAGAAGGAAACAACAAAUAAUGAAAAAAAAUUUACAGCAAGUUUCUCUGAUAAAGGCCAAAUUCAGAACUGAGCCAAAUUUAUAAAAAUAAAAUACAGUCACCAAACUGAUAAGUGGUCAAAGGAUAUGAACAGCCAGGUUUCAGAAGAAGAUAUGCUUAAAAUGAUUAGGGCAUAUUGAUUAGGGCAAUGCAAAUUAAACUGGUUAAUAUGGCAGAAAAGGAAAAUUACAAAUGCCUGAGGGAACUAUGGCCAAAGGGAUAUAAAACUAUGAUUCUUUGACCCAGCAAUACUACUACUAGAUCUGUACCCCCAAAGAGAUAAUAGGAAAAGGAUAUAUAUAUAUAUAUAUAUGUAUAUAUAUAUAUAUAUAUAUUUAUAGCAGCUCUUUUUGUGACAGUAAAGAUUUGGAAAUUUGAGGUGGUGCCUAUAAUUGGGGAAUGGUUGAACAAUUUGUAAUAUACAAUUGUGAUGGAAUAUUACUAUGCUUUAAGAAAUGACAAGUAAGAUGAUUUCAGAAAAACCUGAAAGACUUAUAUGAAUUGAUACAAAAUGAAACAAGCACAACUUGGAGAACAUUUUACACAGUAACAGCAAUAUUGUGAAGAUCAUCAAUGAUGAAAGACUUGGCUAUUAUCAGCAAUACAAUGAUCCAAGACAAGGACACAUGAUAAAAAAUGCUAUCCACCUCCAGAGAAAGAAAUGAUGAAUUCUGAGUACAAAUGGAAGCAUCGAUUCUUUCACUUUAUUUUUUACAAUAUGGCUAAUAUGGAAAUGUAUCUUGCAUGAUUUCACAUGUAUAAUUGAUAUAAUUUUGCUUGACCUCUCAAUGGCCAGGGGAAUGGAGGGAGAGUUUUCAGAACCCAAAACUUAAAAAAAAAAAGUUAAAAAGAAAAAAUAAUUUUUUAAAGGAGGAAAAAACCUUAGUCUUACAGAGGAAAUCCUAAAUUUCUAGUAUUUUAAGUUAAUAAAAAUUAAAUUUCUAUAUUACUACCCUUAAUUCAUUAUUAUUAUUUAUAGAGGAAAAUGCAAUUUUUUAAACCUAAUACUUAAAGCGAGUCAAAACUUAGCUUUCACUGAACUUUCUAGCCUUUUUUGUACAACUUCCUUUCACAAACUAUGUUCCUCCAUUGAUUUUGAUUCACCCAACAUCCUAAAGUGCAAAACACUCCAUAUCCUGAAAUGCUCUCCCUCCUCUUCUCUACUUUUCAGAGCCUACCUAAAUGCUCUAUUUUUUGAUUUAUGAAUAAUUACUAUUAUGUGUUAUGUGUGACUUUACUGUUAGAAAAAGUUAAAUUCAUUUAUUUUUUAAAAGAUAAUCUUCAGUGGCUGAAAACUAUUUUACAAAUUGAAGAACUAAUCCUUACAACAUGAUGAAACUGUGCUUUUAAAAGUCUAAAAACUUAAUUGCAAAAUUUUAGUGUGUAAGUUUCCUAGGGUUAUUUGUUAAGAGUAAUUAAUGUUGCUUUUAUGUACAUAGGCUUAUAUGUAUUUAUAUGUGUAUAAAUCUUCAAUUCCUUUAAAAAAAAGCAAAUUAAUCUAUUAAAAGCUUAGUCCUUUUUUUUUUUAAA